CAGCAGAAAUUGCAAGGAAAUUCAACAAAGAAAAUCAAAUCCAAAAAACCAGACCACCUCAAAGGCCAGAAGGUUAUUGCAAGAUGUGAUGAAAAUGGCUUUUAUUUUCCAGGGGUUGUGAAGAAGUGUGUGAGCCCCACCCACGCACUGGUGAGCUUCAGGUAUGGAGACACCAAGGUUGUGCCCACCUCGUUCAUCACGCCUGUGGGGGGUGCCAUGCCCUGCCCAAUGCUCCAGGUUGGAGAUUAUGUGUUUGCCAAAAUUGUGAUCCCCAAAGGAUUUGACUUCUAUGUCCCUGGCAUUGUCAUAGCACUUCCCAAUCAGGAUGCAUCCUCAGAAAAAUUGUACACAGUUUUGAAGUGCAACAAUCGGAGAGAAUUUUGCCCUCGGAGUGCACUUAUUAAGAUCAGCCAAAACAAGUAUGCUCUCUCUUGCUCUCAUAUAAAAUCGCCCCCCGUUCAGGAGGAUCCAAAAAA